AACUUAUAUUGCCGCCCCGCAAGCUCACAGUGGAGUAUCAGCGCUGGACCUGAAGGUGUCACCAUCUAGAGAUCUGUCGAAGCAUUUUUAUUUCGAGUGUUAUUUCCUCAGGGUCUGCACAGGUCUUACUAGCAGCAUCUCUGCACGCCUCGAGAGGUGUGUGUGUGUGUUUUUCUUUGCUGAGAGGUUUAGUGCCAGCGAGCAAUGGCGCCACCAAGUGGAGAAUCCAUCAGUGCAUCGGCUGAAGAGCCGAUCGCGUUGAGCGUGCUCCCCAGGGGACAACCCCGGGCGGAAGGGCCAGCUUCAGUGCUGGGCAUAGGGACUGCAGUUCCCCCCACUGAGUUCCUGCAGAGCGAGUACCCUGAUUUUUUCUUUGAAGUCACCAAGUGCAGCGAGAAGGAAGCCUUGAAGGCGAAAUUCAAGCGAAUCUGUGACAAAUCUGGAAUCCGCAAGCGUUACUUGUUCCUCACCAAAGAGGUGUUGGAGGCCAACCCCGGCAUCGCCACAUACAUGGAGCCAUCCCUCAAUGUGCGUCACGACAUUGUGGUGGUCCAAGUUCCCAAGCUCGCAGCCGAAGCGGCAGUGAAGGCCAUCAAGGAGUGGGGCGGGCGCAAGUCCGAGAUCACGCACAUCGUCUUCGCCACUACCAGUGGUGUAAACAUGCCCGGAGCCGACCAUGCCAUGGCAAAGCUCCUCGGACUAAAGCCAACCGUGAAGCGUGUAAUGCUCUAUCAAACUGGCUGCUUCGGGGGCGCUACUGUGUUGCGGGUGGCCAAGGAUCUCGCCGAGAACAACAAAAAUGCCAGAGUGUUGGCAGUAUGCAGUGAGGUGACCGCCGUGACGUACCGUGCACCCAACGAAAACCAUCUCGACGGCCUCGUGGGAUCCGCCUUGUUUGGUGAUGGUGCAGCUGUGUUCGUUGUAGGCGCGGAUCCCAAGCCAGAGGAGAAGCCACUGUUCGAAGUUCAUUGGGCAGGUGAGACGAUCCUCCCCGAGAGCGAUGGCGCCAUCGAUGGCCAUCUCACCGAGGCUGGACUCAUCUUCCACCUAAUGAAGGACGUUCCCGGGCUGAUAUCUAAAAACAUCGAGAAAUUCUUGAGCGAAGCGAGGAAGUGCGUGGGCUCCCCAGACUGGAAUGAUAUGUUCUGGGCUGUGCAUCCUGGAGGCCCCGCCAUCCUGGACCAGGUGGAGGCCAAGCUCAAGCUCUCAAAGGACAAAAUGCAAGGUAGCCGAGAUGUUCUGUCUGAGUUUGGCAACAUGUCCAGCUCGUCCGUGUUGUUUGUUCUCGACCAGAUCCGCCAGCGGUCAAUGAAGAUGGGUGCUUCCACCACUGGAGAGGGCAACGACUUUGGUUUCUUCAUCGGAUUUGGACCAGGUCUUACUCUUGAAGUGUUGGUUCUACGAAGCAUGCCCAUUGUGUGAAGUCUCUGUCGAUAGAUGAUUAUCAGUCAUCAUUCAGUCUCGAUCAACCCAAACUCACCACAUUUUUCCUAUCCACCGGAAUGUACUAUAGCGCUCAAAACGCACAUCGCUCAGAUGGAUCGGAGAUGCACUGUCUUCGAAAAUCUCAAGAUUAGACUAAUACUGUGAGCCGAAAGGUAUUUAGAAGCAGAGAAAAGUCACCGGGUAAAGUUUCAGACAGACUCAAAGAUAUGAAGACUAUACAGGAGAGUCAUUUUUCGUAUGAACUAGCCAUCGAGCAUGUUUCAGUGCAAACAUUAUGGAAUGGUCUAUGCUGACUUACUUUCUAAUAAAAUAUUUAUUGCCAUUUCGCAAUG